UCUGACUGCGUGAGACGCAAGUCGAAGGCAACGGCAAUCGGACUUCAGACAUCCCCGAACAUAUUGCAGUAGCCAUGUCGUGCGGCACGCGAGAGGCGCUGGUCUUCGGCAUGGGGCUGAUCACCGGCACGGGCACCACUCUGUGCGUUGUUGCAACCUUUUCGUUAUCCACUUUUUGCCAUCAGCUGACUGAAAAACUCUGUUGCGACUUGUCAUUUGCCAUAUUUACCUAAACCAGAACCGGCAAGGUGCGUUUAGGCAACAACAAGCAUUGCCAACUGACCAGUUGCUAAAGCUGAGAAUGAUUGUCACUCUCGUUGUCAACAGAUCUUAUACGGUGUGGACUCUGUUGGGCUUGACGGAGAGGUGAAGAAGUUCGAGAAGCCUAUCUUCCAGACGUGGCUCAUGUUCUUGGCCAUGGUAUUCGCGCUUCCCAUCCACUGGGCCUACCACUACCACGUCGAGCGACAAUGGCGCCGCAACAACCGCAACGGCAUGAAAUAUCGCUACCGGAUCCCGCGUAAAAUGUAUUUUCUACUGGCGCUCCCUGCAGCAUUCGACCUACUGGCAACUUUCGUUGCCAAUCUGGGUCUUCUCUACGUGACUGUCAGUGUUUUCCAGCUCAUGAAGUGCACGGUCAUCAUCUUCGUGGCCAUACUCAAGGUGUUUGUACUAAAAGAUCGCCUACGCAGUUACAUGUGGAUCGGCAUUGGCCUCAACAUGUUAGCAGCGCUGAUGGUGGGCGCCACAAGUCUUGCAGACUCCGACAGUCAGGACAACAAUGCUACCAACCAACAUCCGGCAUUCGGAGUCUUUAUGGUGGUGCUAAGCUGCGCAAUUCAAGCUGUACAGUACGUUUUCGAAGAGAAACUCAUGGAUGAAGGCGACAGUGCACCUCCGCUAGUCGUCGUGGGCAUGGAAGGCGUCUGGGGCUUAGUAUUGACGACUUUCGUCGUGUAUCCGGUGGCUUAUAUGGUCCCGGGUAACGAUUUGGGCUCAAACGAGAGAUUCGACGACGCGUAUCAGAUGCUCAUGAACAGUGGCCUGGCUCAGACGGUCGUGCUCAUUUAUCUACUGGUGAUUCUGGGCUACAACGUGUUCGCUGUGUCCGUCACGUACCUGCUGAACUCGAUUUGGCACGCGAUUCUGGACAAUUUCCGUCCGAUUACAGUCUGGGGCACAGAUUUGAUGCUGUUCUAUUUCUUUACGCAAGGACAAUUCGGUGAGCGGUGGACAAUUUGGAGUUGGCUACAACUUGCGGGUAUGUUGACGUUGUUAGCGGGCACGGCAGUGUACAACGGCACUCUGCGUCUACCGGGUUUCGUGUACUUGGAGCCGCUGGACGAAGCGAUGGCUCCGAUUCGAACACCUGAGGCGCUCACUGCAUCGACGUUCUCACGCUCGCCGUUGAUCACGCGCAACGCAAUGAAAGCUGCCGAGAUUGCUCGCCGGACGCCAAACCCCAAUGACCGCGACCGUGUGAGACGCGAAUUCAUGACUGAGUAUCAACCACUGGCUGAUGCGGAGUCUCGACGACGCAUUGAUCCGGCUGGACACACGUACGGAUCGCUCGAAACCUAAGGCUAGUUUGCCAUGUGUGAUGUGAGAGGCAAGACAAUAGAGCAAAUCAAAGAGUUGAUGUGCGUUUCACCUACGGUUCCUCUCCUAUGUUAUUGCUACAUGCAUUAUUAUUAUUUGAUGGAUUUCUUAACGACAGCGACGACGAUGCUUGCCAAGGUGCCUGUAUAGUACUAAUGGGGUCAACUAUAGUGACUUAGCACUGGGUUGUAAGUUUUUAUCAUUUUAUCUUUAAAAAAUAUUUCUUGACUGCGA